AUGUCCAAGAAAGGGCGAAAUAAGGGCGAGAAGCCCGAGGCACUCAUUGUCGCCCUUCAAGCUGCCAACGAAGACCUCAGGACCAAACUCACAGACAUUCAGAUAGAACUGCAUCAAGAGAAAUCCAAGGUAUCAAAGCUUGAAAGAGAGAAGACUCAAGAAGCCAAGAGGAUCCGUGAGCUGGAGCAGCGCAAACACACGGUCCUGGUGACAGAGCUUAAAGCCAAGCUCCACGAGGAGAAGAUGAAGGAGCUGCAGGCCGUGAGGGAGAACCUCAUCAAGCAGCAUGAGCAGGAAAUGUCAAGGACAGUGAAGGUGCGGGAUGGAGAGAUCCAGAGACUCAAGUCUGCCCUGUGUGCUCUCCGGGAUGGCAGCAGUGACAAAGUAAGGACAGCACUCACCAUUGAGGCCCGGGAGGAGGCCCGGAAACAGUUCGAUGCAGAGCGCCUGAAGCUCUUGCAGGAAAUUACAGACUUGAAAACUGCCAAGAAGCAGGUGGAUGAGGCUCUGAGCAAUAUGAUCCAAGCGGACAAAAUCAAGGCCGGGGAUCUUAGGAGUGAGCACCAGUCCCACCAGGAAGCCAUCUCGAAGAUCAAGUGGGAAUCGGAACGGGAUAUACGGAGGCUGAUGGAUGAAAUCAAAGCCAAGGACAGGAUCAUCUUUUCCCUGGAAAAGGAACUGGAGACACAGACAGGCUAUGUACAGAAACUCCAGCUGCAGAAGGAGGCUUUGGAUGAGCAGCUCUUCCUUGUCAAGGAGGCAGAGUGUAACAUGAGCAGUCCGAAAAGAGAGAUUCCAGGAAGAGCAGGCGAUGGCUCUGAACACUGCAGCAGCCCGGAUUUGCGAAGAAAUCAAAAGAGAAUAGCUGAAUUGAACGCCACUAUACGAAAGUUAGAAGAUAGGAACACCUUGCUUGGAGAUGAGCGAAACGAGUUGUUAAAACGCGUGCGGGAAACAGAAAAACAAUGCAAACCUCUCCUGGAAAGGAACAAGUGCCUGGCCAAGAGAAACGAUGAACUGAUGGUGUCUUUGCAACGCAUGGAAGAGAAACUAAAAGCCGUAACCAAGGAAAAUUCAGAGAUGAGAGAAAAAAUAACAUCUCACCCACCAUUGAAGAAACUGAAGUCUCUGAAUGACCUUGACCAAGCUAAUGAAGAACAAGAGACAGAGUUUCUAAAACUGCAGGUCAUCGAGCAGCAGAACAUCAUUGAUGAGCUCACAAGGGAUCGAGAAAAACUCAUCCGUAGGAGAAAGCACAGAAGAAGCUCGAAGCCAAUCAAGAGGCCUGUUUUAGAUCCAUUCAUUGGCUAUGACGAGGACUCCAUGGAUUCAGAAACAUCAUCCAUGACCUCCUUUAGAACAGACCGGACACCUGCUACACCCGAUGAUGACUUAGAUGAAAGUCUAGCUGCUGAAGAAUCUGAGCUACGAUUUCGACAAUUAACAAAAGAAUACCAAGCCCUCCAGAGAGCAUACGCCCUCUUGCAGGAGCAGACUGGAGGCAUUAUCGAUGCUGAACGAGAAGCUAAGGCCCAAGAACAGCUCCAGGCAGAGGUGCAGAGGUACAGGGCCAAAAUCGAAGAUCUGGAGGCAACGCUGGCUCAGAAAGGGCAGGAUUCACACUGGGUAGAAGAUAAACAACUUUUCAUUAAGAGAAACCAGGAGCUUUUAGAAAAGAUAGAGAAGCAGGAAGCAGAGAAUCACCGGCUACAGCAGGAACUUCAGGAUGCCAGAGACCAGAAUGAGCUGCUAGAGUUUCGCAACCUGGAACUGGAAGAGAGAGAGAGGAGAUCCCCUCCGUUUAACCUACAAAUUCACCCCUUCUCAGAUGGUGUGAGUGCACUGCAGAUCUACUGCAUGAAAGAAGGUGUCAAGGAUGUCAACAUCCCUGAUCUCAUAAAGCAGCUUGAUAUCCUAGGUGACAACGGGAACCUAAGGAAUGAAGAACAGGUGGCCAUAAUUCAGGCCAGCACUGUGCUGUCCCUGGCAGAGAAGUGGAUCCAACAAAUUGAAGGAGCUGAAGCAGCGCUGCACCAGAAAAUGAUGGAACUGGAAAGUGACAUGGAACAAUUCUGCAAAAUCAAAGGCUACCUGGAGGAAGAACUAGACUACAGAAAACAGGCUCUCGACCAGGCGUACAUGAGAAUCCAGGAACUAGAAGCUACUUUGUACAAUGCUCUGCAGCAAGAAACUGUGAUCAAGUUCGGUGAACUGUUAAGUGACAAGCAACAAGAGGAGCUGAGGACGGCUGUAGAAAAAUUACGGCGGCAGAUGCUGAGGAAGAGCCGGGAGUACGACUGUCAGAUCCUCCAGGAGAGGAUGGAGCUCCUACAGCAAGCCCACCAGAGAAUCCGUGACCUAGAGGAUAAAACAGACAUCCAAAAGCGGCAGAUAAAGGACUUAGAAGAAAAGUUUCUCUUUCUAUUCUUGUUCUUCUCUCUUGCCUUCAUUCUAUGGCCUUGA